UGAGCGUGCCGUGUGUUUUCCGACCAAUCAGAGCUGAUGGGGACGAUGGGCUUCCCCCAGGAGGAGGUGAAGAAGGCGCUGGAGGGUCAGGAGUACAACGAGGUGACGGCCAUCUACCUGCUGCUGGGGAGGAAGGGCGCCGAGGGCAACGGCAGCAGCCACCUGCUCCACAAGUCUCGGCCCAGCAGCGACCUCAACAGCUCCGGCCAAUCCCCCGCCCACUCUCGCAGCGCCUCGGCCAAUCAGAAGCAGCGGCGCUUCAGCGACCACGUGGCGCCCUCCAUCCCCCCACCUGUCGCCUACACCAAGCGCGGGCACGCCAACAGCGUGGAGAGCGACCGGAAGGACGCGUCGCCCAGCGGGGCUCCAGACCGCCGGAGGUCCGCCACCGCCUCAGGGAGCAUUACUCGGAGGAACACGUACGUCAACGAGAGGACAAGCAUUGAUCGCCAUUCGGCAGCUGUUCCCAACGGGAAGGACGGCAGUCUCCCCGAGGUACCUGCAGCGUCCCCGUCCUUAUCGCCGGCGGCAACCGUCUCCUCCGCACGCCCCCGCCAUGUGAAGUCCAUGUCGGCGUCGGGACAUCCCAUGAAGUCCUGCCUGCCCCCCAUCGACGACAACGUGGAGUACCAGAGGUCCGUCACAGUCUCUCUUCUA